CACUGCCUUGUUAUAUGCUCAUAGGUCAGCAAGAAUCUCUAUUUCUACAUUGGCAGAUGUUGGUAAAUAUGUGGUAGAAGUAGCAAAGAAUCAUGAAAAAUUUGAAACUAUAGUUAGAAUAUCUUCAAUUACUCUGACCUUGAGUGAAUUAUUAAAAAAGUUUAGAUGA